UCAUAAAUUGCACCUAAUACAGUGACCGCUGAGAAACCACACUGUAUUCAAUACACAACACCUGAAACGAAUGCACGUGGACGGACAAAAAUCAGCCAAUCACAGACCACAGACGGGUCGCCAAACUCUAUAAAUAGGGGUCGCACCGAAGUACGUCGAAGUUUCUGCGGUCGCUUCAGCUCAUGUAGGGUCUUCAACUCUCGAGUGGUCAGGAUCCAUCAAAAGUGGUCCAAGGAAAGAAACAGUGGUGAACCGGCAACAGGGUAAUGGGCGGCAGACGCUAAUUGAUGCAUUGCUGUUAAUGCUCCAACACAGUAUUAUGCAGUGCUACUGUUCCUGUGUAAAAUGAUCCGUGAUCAGUGAUGGAGCUCGUGAUGGCAGAGACAAAGAAAUUAAUCAAGACUGCUUCCCACAAACAUGGCUCAGAUGAGACAAGACAUUUUUCACACUUUAAGCCCCUCUCCGUUUAUUCUCGCAAGGUUUAUUGCAAUGCCAUCAGUUCCUAUUCUGUCAAUUCGUCCUGUAGUCCCGAAAGUCCUCUUUGGAACUUGAAAGUUGAGUUAAUUAACAGCAGGGAAUCUGUUGGACGUAAAAGGCGAUUGGAUGAUUCAUGUCUUGAUGAGACGUAUGAUAGAUCGUCAAAAAAACCCUGCCUGGCUAAUCGCUCUUCUCCACAUUCAACCUCCGUACCAACAAUAGAUUCUUUUAAUGCUUACCGGCAAGUGAAACUAGUCUCCAGUCAGUCGUCUUCUGUGGGACUUGAUGAGGUUAAAAGGAUAGAAAAAACUUUGUCUGGUCAAAAGUCUUUAGGUCUGGACUGGACCUAUGGUAGUGAUAUGACUGCCAGUCAAAGCAGCACUUCACUAACUAAUAUUUGCUCAAGCAGCCCGGUGUUGGUACACAAUGAAGAUGCAGACGUUAUUGCAUUUGAUUAUGAUGUAGAUGAGAUAAUGUGUCUGAGCCCAAUUGACCAUGCUGAUGCUGUUGCUGAUGGCCUGGAGGAUUGCAUUCAGAGCUGUCCAUCAGAGGAAGGCCACAAAUCAUGGUACUACUCAAAGCAAAGGCAAGGGAAAUUGGAGAAUUCAACUGACAGAGACACACAGUGUGCAAGUGAUGAGGGUUAUGUUACAAAAUCCUAUUGCACCAGUGGCCCAGCAGAGUCAAAUUUGCUUCAAAUUACUGUCCCAAAUUCGUCAAAUACAUCACCGCUUGCCUCCACACCAAUUAUGUCCACCCCUUUAGAAAAAUCCAGGGAGCUUGUUAAAUGUUGGAAAAACGAUUUUGACAAAAAGAGCCAGUCCUCACCUACAAUAAAUUGCAAGCUUGUAAAAGCUUCCUCUGCCAUUUCUCUAAAUUUGGAUGCUGGUAAAACCAAAGCGCUUCCUACAAUCCCGUUCAUGAACAUUAAAAGUGAAGCAGGUAACAUGGUGCACAAAGGCACUGCGGUCGGCAAGUCAUCAGACAACAGGCAGAUUGCUAUCCAGGUGAAGGAGGACAAAGAAGUACUUUCUGUUGGCCAGCAGCAGGCAGGCUCGGAGAACAAGCUGCCGCUCGAGGUGAAGUCUAAGGUUAGUUUACUGGACAAGCAGCAACCAGGAGCAGUCAAAGAUGCAUACCAACAACCAGAAAAAAAAGUGUCUGAGGGCCAAAGAAAUGUCUUCAAAGACGUCCCAAGGCCAGUGUUGUACAGUGAGGAUGACUGGGAGAAAGAAAAGAAGGUGUAUGUGGACUCUGUGAGGAGACACAUGGCGGAUAAAGUUGAACAUGGUGUAAUGACUGAGCUUUUAUGCCUCAUGAAAGAUGUAGCCAAUCAGGGGAGAGGAGGAAUUGGGAGAAGGUGGCAGCACCCAUCUGACCUUACACGCAGAAACUACCGGCUGUGUAACGGCAGUCGUCUACUCUCCCUAAAUGAAUGGCAGAACCUGAACUAUCGCUAUCAUCGCCGCUUUGCCCAAGUUCCUCCGGUGUUCAAGCGAAGCCAAAUGCUUUGAAACUUCAAAUCACACAUCGCACUCUUUAUUAAUGACUCUAAUCUCAGCCCUCCUUUCAUAUAAAUCAUCUCAACUGGAUCUACUUGGUACCCCAGUUUGGUCUUUUGCACUUUUUUUUUUACUAUUCUUUUGUUUCUGUUUGAAAAAAGUAAGUUGCUGUGGAUGUUUUUCUGUACUGUUUGUUUGUAUGUGAGAUUUUAUAUACUUGCGGUUUGACACUGGUGAAACAGGUGGACAUUUCAAAUUUGCAUCAUUCUUCAUGCGAUGUCAUUCUUGAUUAUUCUGCCUUUUUGCAAGCACUUGGGCAAAACUCCUUUUUAACCAUGUUGUGUAUUUUAUCCGAGGUGAUUAUUAAGUCCCUCUUUACACAGCCACAUUUAGAUUUGUCACGUCAUUCAAAAGUGGACAAACACAGGCCAGAACCUGCGUCUUGUACUUGUGUGUGACAUGUCGGAUCUGUCCCCUGCUUUAUUUUUUUAGGUGCUCAGGUUUCUAAAUACCUGUGUUUGUGUGCAAAUUUCCAUGUUUGUUGCUGUGAAUUGUCACUGUUUUAUGCACAUUUUGUACCAUUUGUUUGAGUUCAAAGCAAAAUUAAAUUCUAAAAAAUG